AGCCCCCUAAACUCAGCAGGGUGGUUUUUUGGCAGUCGCCCACAAGAGUAGGAACUGAAUAAUGAUUCUAGCAACCAGCUUCAAGAGCUAGGAAUAAUUUAUGAAUAACCACUGUACAUUUUUUUUGUUGUUGCAAAAAUGCAUCUGGCAAAUUUACCAGAGGUACAUUUAGUAAGGGAUUUCAAAAUGGCUGCUAGUGAAAAUCUCUUGAAAAUGUUAAUAUAUCCCCAGCCAGUUCUGGGUCUUAAAAUGUGUUACUGCUGGCUUCUCUGUCCCUAGUGAAGAUGUGAAAUAGCCCUGAGCAAAGAAGAAUAGUUGAGGCUGGAGGAGACAAGUUAUGGUGCAGGAAGAGCCAGAGGCUCUUGCCUCUGUUAACUGCUUUGCAUUGUGCAGAGCAACCCUAAAGCUGGCGUGGGGACUCGCUUGGCGUAUGGACUGUCUGCUGUCUGCCCUUGGGCACCGGGGCACUGGGGCUUGGACUGUGCCUUUGGGCAUGGUUCUCACACUACUGUACUCUGGCAAUUCCUGGCUGUUGAAAUGGCCUUUUAAUGCAAUUGAGUGUAAUUUGAGGCAGCCCUGAGUUGUGUGGGCCUAGCUGGAUUUCAGAUUUAUUUUGGCGGGGGUGGGAAGAGUUGGAUCAGAAAUAAUAUCCUUUAUUUCUCCCCCCUGCCCACAACUACACUGAAUGCAGCUGUGGAUUCAGCUCCUGCUGUCUAAAAUAAGGAUACGUUUUGGUUUUGGAUGUUAUUUGAUCUUGUUCACUCAUUUGAAAAUAUUUGAUUUUUUUUAACUUCAGAGGAAGUACUCUGUCCAUAGUAAUGCACCUACAAUUUUUUUUUUUUUUUUUUAAAGAUUUACUGCUUUUUUCCCGCCCCCCAGCAACUCUGCCAGUUGAUCCUGUUCAGGAAAACUAUGUUCGUCAAGUGAGAGACUGCAUUUUUUCAGUUGCCUACCCUACUCCAUUCAAAUCCAGAGUACUUCUUGUGGCCGUUUCAAAGGUGGUUCUUGAAGAGAUUUUGGACCUUGAUGUGUCUGUCACUGAAACAGAUGAUUUUCUGCAGCUUGUCAGUGGUGGGAAAGUAGUAUUUGGAUUUGUUCCUCUGGCUCAUAGAUAUGGAGGCCACCAGUUUGGUAGCUGGGCAGGUCAGCUUGGUGAUGGAAGAGCCCACAUGAUUGGAGUGUAUACAAACAGGUAUGGUGAGAGGUGGGAACUACAGCUAAAAGGCUCAGGAAAGACACCAUACUCUAGGGAUGGUGAUGGAAGAGCUGUACUUCGUUCCUCUGUGCGAGAAUUUUUGUGUAGUGAAGCCAUGCACUGCCUUGGCAUUCCAACAAGCAGAGCUGCUAGCUUGGUUGUAAGUGAUGAUGAUGUGUGGAGAGACCAGUUUUACAAUGGAAAUGUUAAGAAAGAAAGAGGUGCAGUAGUCCUGCGUGUUGCCAAAUCAUGGUUUCGCAUAGGUUCAUUAGAAAUUUUAGCUCAUUCUGGGGAACUGGACUUACAAAGAUCAUUGCUAGACUUCAUUAUACAAGAACAUUUUCCAUCAAUAAACAUGAAUGAUUCAAACAGAUAUCUGGAUUUUUUCUCUAGAGUGGUAUCAGAGACUGCAAACUUGAUUGCAUUGUGGAUGUCUGUGGGCUUUGCUCAUGGUGUGUGCAAUACAGAUAACUUCAGUUUGUUAUCCAUAACAAUAGAUUAUGGCCCGUUUGGUUUUAUGGAGUCCUAUGAUCCAGAUUUUGUUCCAAACACAUCUGAUGAUGAAAGAAGGUAUAAAAUAGGAAAUCAGGCAAAUGUUGGAUUGUUUAAUCUGGACAAGCUGUUACAAGCUCUAAAACCUUUAUUGGAUUCCAGACAAAAGCAGCUGGCUUUUCAGAUUCUGGAGGGAUACUCUAGUCACUAUUAUCUCCGUUUUACAGAACUAUUCAAAGCAAAACUAGGUUUCCUUGGGGAGGGUAAAGAUGAUCACUAUUUGAUUGCAUUCCUCCUAAGACUCAUGGAAGAUACAAAAGCUGAUUUUACAAUGACAUUUCGACAGCUUAGUGAAAUUACUCAAGACCAGCUAAAGGAACUCCAUAUUCCCAAGGAGUAUUGGGCUCUGCAGGACCUUGCUAAACACAAGUUCUUUUCCAACUGGGUUACUAUGUACCUCUUAAGAUUAAGACGUAACAAAGGUGAUUCAGACAGUAAGAGAAGAAAAAGAAUGACAAGUAUCAAUCCUAGAUAUGUGCUUAGAAAUUGGAUGGCAGAGUCAGCCAUACAAAAAGCUGAAAUGAAUGAUUUUUCAGGGGUUCAUCUCCUGCAGCAGGUUUUACAACAUCCCUUCCAGAGGCAGUCAGUGGCAGAGAAAGCUGGCUACUCACUGCAUCCACCAACUUGGGCCAAAGACCUUAAAGUUAGCUGUUCAUCCUGAUAAAGAACAGUGGAAGCAAAAGAAAAUGAACUGGGUCAGAGUUUAAGCCUUCAAACUGGAUUGGAGAAUCAGGCAGCACCAUCCUGCCUUCCCAUUAUGGUUUACUGCAGGCAUGGUUCCUUCAAUCUGCUAAGUAACCAGCUUUAUAAAAGUCAUAAA